AUGAAUAUGAAUACCCUACUCAACCCACAGCCCCAGGGGGAAACCGAUGUGCCAAUUCCUGAGAAACCCCUUGGGAAGAUCAUUCAACCUAAGGGCCCGCUUGAGUCUCAAGAACAAUUCUAUCUGCGGGUCGACCUCGAGUUCCCAGUCGAAGUAAAGAAGCUUACCCCGAUGCUUGUCACCAACGACUCGAACCUGCACAUCAUAGUGACGAACCCAACGUCCAGCUGGUCCUCAGCAAGCCGGGAUCCCGGCGUCUUCCGCACACACCGAGGGAACGUCAUCGGGUCAUAUCGAGGGUUCAGAGCGGCCACUCGGCGCACGUGGCAGCUCGGAACCAUGAUGAUCACCAGGAAUACGAACUUCGGAAAGUAUAAAAUCCGGGUCGAUGCUGAGUUCACUAGAGACGACGAUCCGGAAAAGGUGCCGGCGUCGACCACUUUCUACUCCCAAGCAGUGGAAUAUAAACCUUAG